AUGACGUCCAUGACAGGUACUGAUGCGGAUCCCUGGAACCCAGAGACGAAAAACAAGUUCGAAUCGAAGAGUAGGAGUGAGUUCCUCGACCCAUGUCAAGAGGCCGCUUCCCGGAGCAUUCGAUGUCUGCAUCGCAACGGGGGCGAUCGGACCAUGUGCGGGGAUUAUUUCCAGGCUUACAGAGACUGCAAGAAAGCUUGGGUA